GUGAUUAUAUUUAUAUUAUUACAGUGGUGGUGGAGGUUAAUAUUAUAGCUUGUUUUGUGUUUGUGCUUUCCAAGUCAGAUGACGCUGUCGCGUUGGCUUUGUGAGGAAACAAACAAAAGUUUAACCUAAGAGGUUACAACUGUUCCGCGCGUGCAGGGAUACAAAAGAAACCCCAAGCUGAGUCGUCAAAACCACUUUUGGUUUUUUUCGUUUUCGUAUUGAUUUUGGAAGAUUCCAGUGUUGGUUGAUGGGGAUCCGGUUAUCAUCUCAGGCAUCGGGUUCCGAUUCCGGUUCGGGCGUGUCGUCGAAAUCGAGUUUGGGCGAAUUGCCAGAGAGUUGCGUGGCUCUGAUGAUGGGGUACAUGGAUCCUCCCCAGAUUUGCAUGUUAGCGUCCUUGAAUCGCACCUUUCGUGGUGCUUCCUGGGCCGAUUUUGUUUGGGAAUCCAAACUGCCACCUAAUUAUGAUGUUCUUCUCCGCAAAAUCUUCAACGAUUUUCCCUCCGAUUUGGGUAAGAGAGGGAUUUAUGCCACGCUUUGCAGGGUUAAUUCUUUUGAUGGAGGCACCAAGAAAGUUUGGCUGGAUAGAAGUAUGGGUAAGCUAUGUUUGUCCAUAUCAGCCAAGGGACUGUCAAUAACGGGGAUUGAUGAUCGGAGAUAUUGGAACCAUAUCCCCACUGAAGAAUCUAGAUUCAGCACUAUUGCAUAUCUCCAGCAAAUUUGGUGGUUUGAAGUGGAUGGGGAAGUCGAUUUCCCACUUCCAGCUGGGACAUAUAGCUUAUUCUUCAGAAUACAUCUAGGGCGAGCCUCCAAGAGGUUUGGGCGAAGAGUCUGCAACACAGAGCAUGUUCAUGGGUGGGACAUAAAGCCUGUACGAUUCCAGUUAUGGACUUCAGAUGGACAAUACGUUGCAUCCCAGUGUUUUCUGAAAGAACCGGGCAAAUGGAGCUACUACCAUGCUGGUGAUUUUGUGGUUGAGGAUGGCAAUGCAUCAACAAAAAUUAAAUUCUCAAUGACUCAAAUUGAUUGCACACACACCAAAGGUGGUCUCUGUUUAGAUUCUGUGCUCAUAUAUCCAAGUGAAUUCAGAAAGGUUAAAGCAUUUUUGAAUUAACACUUAACCUUUGUGAUAAAUGUAUAGUAGUAUACUAGUAUUUAUAUAUAUAUAGAGCCUUAGGGCCGCGUCAGGAGGUAUAGAGAAUCGAGUUUUUAAUAUGGUUCUUUUAGGUUUAAGAAUUUUGUAGGAGUCAGGAGUCGAUGUAUAUAUGUGUAAUAUCUGUUGAUUAGUCUGGGAAGUUCUAUGAUAACCUUUUACGAUGAAGAAUAUUGUAUUCUCGUGGCAAGUGGAAUAAAUAUGACCAUUUAAUGUCAAUGAAACUUGGAUCAAGCU